AUGGGGACUUAUGGUUGCGAGUCUUCAAAAUCCCGCAGGGAUAAGUCGGCUUCUUCACAUUCUAAGACUCCUGGAGAAACCAUUUCUGCAAGCUCUGUUAACAUCAAAGGUGCCACAGCCUUUGAAGUUUCAGGGACUCCUGUGGACUGUAUCUCGUUAGGAUUAUCUGGAGCGCUUUUCGCUUGGUCAAAACCAAUACUGGUAAUUAGUGGAAUCAACCAGGGAUCAAGCUGUGGUCAUCAAAUGUUCUAUUCCGGUGCAGUAGCUGGAGCCAGAGAAGCCUUGAUUUCUGGAGUACCCUCCUUGUCAAUAUCAUUGAACUGGAAGAAAGAUGAAAGCCAAGAAAGUGUCUUUAAGGAUGCUGUUGGUGUUUCUUUACCUUUGAAUUGAUAAACACAACAAUCAGAGACAUUGAGAAAGGAGUUUUCCCUAAACAUUGCUCUCUAAACAUAGAAAUUCCAGCAUCACCCUCAUCAAACAAGGUCUGUUUGCUCUCUCAACAUAGAAAUUCCAACAUCACCGUCUGGAUUGGUUUGUAUUCUGUAUGCUAAUAAAGAACAUAAUCUAUGCUUGCAUUGAUUACUAUGUUCUUUUGAUGUUGUGAAGUUAGAGCCUCACUGGCAAAUGGUUUAGAGAAGU